AUGUUCAGACUGGAUUUCAAGCGCAACGAACAGCAAUCAACCGAAGCAAUAGCGGUUUUGUUUGUUGACGAGAAUGACGAGCUCCGAUCUGAGUUGACGAUUGUUGGAGCAGAGAGUGUGGAGUCUGGUGAUACGGUUCAUGUCCCGGUCCGGUUUUCUGCACAACUUGUUGGAAAUAUCGACUUGGAGCUGGAGGCAAGUUACCUUCUUUUUGGAGAGACACGACGGCGUACAUGUAAGAUCCACCUGAGCAUCACCGCUCGAGAACCUUUCAGCGUGAAAAGUGGCGUGCUUAGUAUGAAUGGGCUUCCGCUAGCUUCUAUGCUAAAUCACAGCGAGCAUGUAAUCAAAGCUGAUGUUACAGCCAAUUCCAACAUCGUUGUUACUCAUAUUGAAUGGCUUCUGGCUGACGUCGUAGUUCCAAUUGGAGAGCAAGCUUGCGUAAAGUCUACUGAAGAUGAUCUCAAGGAAGGCGAAGUGAUGAGCUAUUGCUGCGCUGUCGCAAUUAGGACCUCCGAAGAUGACGUCGAGACACCACUCGGGCGAUUGGCCAUCGAGUGGAAACGGUAG